UAUAAGCAUGCAUUCUGCAUUUUCUCAUUUCAAAAAAGUUAUUUGCUUGAGACUCAAACAACUCACGUUAUCAUAAGUGUAUUUUGAAUCUGCGUUAACCACUAGUUUACCACGUUCAAUGGCUCUCUUCAAUUCUCUUAAACGAUUAAAUUCAAAGAUUUUUAUGUGUUUACGGAAACCAAUAAAUUGCAGUUUGGUUAAUGUUACCAAUCUAUCAACAAGUGUCCCUAAUUGUGGUCCAUUAACGACACUUUCUGAAGAUGAGGUCGCAAUCAAGGAUAUGGUCAACAAGUUAUGUCAAGAUUUGGUUGCCCCAAGAGUUAAGAAAAUGGACGAAACCUCCGAGAUGGACAAUACCAUCAUAGAUGCGCUAUUUGCGAAUGGUUUGAUGGGUGUUGAUACUGACACUAAAUAUGGCGGAACUGGUGCUAGUUUCUUCACCACCAUUCUCGUUAUUGAAGAGUUGGCUAAAUUUGAUCCAUCGGUUAGCACUUUGAUGGAUGUGCACAACACUUUGGUAAUGAGUACAUUCAACAAUUAUGCUUCUGAAGAGCAAAAGCAACAAUAUUUACCCAGAUUAUGUAAAGACACUAUCGGUUCUUUCUGCCUCUCGGAACCAGGAUCAGGAUCAGAUGCUUUCGCUUUGAAGACUCGAGCUGAAAAUAAAGGAGAUCAUUUUGUCAUCAACGGAGGAAAAUCUUGGAUUACCAAUUCUGAACAUUCAGGAGUAUUUUUGGUUUUCGCUAAUGCCGAUUUUAGUAAAGGUUACAAGGGAAUCUCCUGUUUUAUUCUGGAGCCAAAUAUGCCUGGAUUUUCAAUCGCUAAACCAGAAAAAAAAUUGGGUAUCAGAGCUUCAUCUACCUGUGGAAUAACAUUUGAAGAUGUUAAAGUACCAGCGGCGAAUCUGCUUGGCAAAUUAGGCCAUGGAUACAAAUACGCGAUUGGAACUUUGAAUGAAGGUAGGAUUGGAAUCGGUGCUCAAAUGCUCGGAUUAGCUCAAGGUUGUUUCGAUUACACCGUUAAAUACACUCUCGAGAGGAAACAAUUUGGUAAAAAGAUCUUCGAUUUCCAAGGGAUGCAACAUCAAAUCGCUAUUGUGGCCACACAAAUUGAAGCCGCUCGACUUUUGAUCUACAAUGCAGCUCGACUACGUGAAUCUGGUGCCAAUAUCGUGAAAGAAGGUGCAAUGGCCAAGUAUUAUGCUUCCGAAGUUGCGACAAUGACCACUAGUAAAUGCGUUGAAUGGAUGGGAGGUGUUGGUUUUACUCAAGAUUGUCCCGUUGAAAAAUAUUACCGAGACUGUAAAAUCGGUUGUAUCUACGAGGGAACAACAAAUAUACAAUUCAACACGAUCGCUAAAUCACUGGAAACAAUUUACAAAUAAUUCAAAUUUUUAAUCGAAAAUAUAUUAUCUUUCUCGAUUUUUCAAUCAAAGGGUGUUAAGUUUAAAAGUAUGAAUUAUCAUACCUAAAAUUGUGAUAAGAAGAUGACAAUUUAAUUCAAUUGUAGACAUUUUUCAUCUUAUCACAAUUUUAGGUAUGAUAAUUCAUACUUUUUAAACUUAACCCUUUAAUACAAAAUGAUAAAAAUAAGAGCAAAAACUCUGAGUUUGUAACCACUUGUUAUCUAAACAUUAUAUCAAAAUAAAUAAAACGGAUUGAGC